GCUAGCUGAGCCGGCCCGUCUUGGAGGGAGAUGCAGGCCUGUAGCGUGGGGAGCUGCCUGCUGGCUGCGCUCAGCCUGCUGCUGCUCUGCCUGGCUCUCAGCACCGACUACUGGCUGGUGGCCUACGGCCCCAAGGACACGUUCCACAGCGGGCUCUGGCAGCAGUGUACAGUGGGCAGGGUGUGUGUGUCCCCUGCCCAGGUCAAUGGGUAUAUACAAGCCACCCGGGCCUUCCUGAUCCUGGCAGCUCUGGCCGCGGCCGUCUGCAUCCUGUCCCUGCUGUCCUCCAUCAUAUCCUGCUUCCAGAGCCCCGUGAGCCUCAGCCUCGUCGCUUCCCUCUCAGCCUUCGCUGCCGCUGGCUGCACCCUGGUUUCCAUGGCCGUGUUCAGUGCCGAGUCGUGGGACAAGAACAAGGACGGGCAGAUCCAACUGACCUUCGAAUGGUCCUUCUACCUGGGCUGGGCAGCCCUGCCGCUGCUGGUCCUGAGCGGCCAGGGUCGGCGACAGAGAGGCUGA